CCAAACACCGUGAAGUGCGAGGUGGGCCGAAGAGUCUCAAUAAGCACUGGUUUGAUUUUUUCAACUGUAUGCUCUCAUCUUCAUGGGCGACACAGCCACUCUGCUGUACCCAUUUACAAGGUCAAGCUGCGGGUCUUCGGGGUAAGGACUCUUAAACCAUUCGUAACGCAUCAAAUAUGGAUGCCAAGUAACUGGCGAAAUAUUCAUGGCCUCAGCAGUCCCUUCCUCCCGUGUCAGCCAGGCAAUUUCCCAUCACCCACCAAAUAAGAUAACUAGAUUUGGUAGCUUUCCCCAUCUCUCUCCACUAUUCAGAUCGAGAAAAGCCCAUUUUCUGGUUCAUCAAAUGAAUUUCCAGAUUUUUUCUUCGUUUCUCUCCCUCUUCUCUAUCAUUGAACUAUUGGCUCUCAUUCGAAUUCCUCUAUGUUUAUGCUACAACGAUGAAUUAUACAGCCACUGCGAAAAAAAUUUCAGCUGUGGCGACAGUAUCAAGGAUGUGGGUUAUCCUUUCUGGGGAGAUGGUCAAAGGCCCAGGGAAUGUGGGCUUCCAAGAUUUGAGCUCGUUUGCGAUGAGAGUCGUAAUAUCACCACCAUGCUCAUCAUGGGAGUUAAAUACCGGGUCAUCAAACUGGGGCAUCCAACUCUUAAAAUUGCAAGAGAAGACGUGUUGGAGAUGGGGGAGGGAAGUUGUCCAACAUAUCUAAAAGAUUCCAUUCUUGAUUUGCAGCACUUCGAUUAUUAUCCUUAUCAUGAUGAGUACAGAAACAUUACCCUGUUGUACAACUGCCCUGUUGCUCCUCCUGGCAGACACCUUAUUGAACUUCAAAAACCCUGCAAAAUCAAUGAUUCUAAUUAUGCCAGCGUUUUGCCAGUAAUAUCCAAGAUGCUCGACGUUUUGAGAACUGCAGCGUUGGCAUCACCUUUCCAAUUCCACAGUUUGACCCUAAAGAACUGUGGGAUCUAUCGGGACUGAGUGGAGUAGUACUUGAUGGGUUCAAGGUGAAGUUGAAAUUGGAGGAGGAUGAGAAGAACGCAUGUGAGGAUUGCACCCGAUCAAAUGGGCUACGUGGAUACGAUUACUACUCCCAAUAAAACCGCUUGCGUUUGUCCCAACCGGCCCUAUUUUUCUGACACUAAAUGCGCUGCCUCAACAGAGCCCAGUAUUGAUGAAGGCAAUUGUCACCUAAGUCAAUUGCUCAGGCAGAACAAUUGAUGUCAGCUCCAUGAUGACUAGAACAAUCUACGCCAACAUUAUAACAAUUAGAGUGAUUCACGCUUGCGCCAUAAUUCGCUAAUAAAUGGAACAUCACCCUUGGGUCAAACUUCAUCACUAUAAAUGGGGAUUCAGAGAAGAGGAUAAGGUAUCUCCUUCUAAAUUUUACUUUACUGUUGCAUAAAAAACCUCUCAAGUCAAUCCCUGACUUAGGCAUUGGAGCGAUCCCCCGGAGUACACCCCGGGUCCUCCAAGCCUUACUUAUUUAUCUCUUUUCAGGUGGUCGUGAUCAGGGAUCGUGAAGGUCGUUCAAUUUUUGGCUGCAACAGUUGGCGCCGUCUGUGGAAACUUCUUGAGAGGUUCUCUUUCAAUCAUUGAUCAUUACUACAUCAGAUAAUUGAAGGUCAAUGCAUUGGCUCGAUUAAGAUCGUCCGAAAUGCCACCGUCCGACACCUAGACAUACUCGACGCCAUUCGAUCCAUCUCCAAUUGGGACCCUACCCAGUGCAAACUCUUCAUUCGCGGCAUUGGAUGGGACACUACCAUCAAGAACCUCCACAAUCUCUUCUCCACCUAUGGUGACCUCGAAGAAGCCGUCGCGAUUCUUAGCAAGGUCAUUGGGAAAAGUAAAGGGUACGAGUUUAUUACGUUCAAGCAUGUCAAUGGCGCUUUACUCGUGUUGAAGAAGCCAAAUAAGAAAAUUGACGAACGAAUAACCGGAACCCAGCUUGCGAUAUUGGGAAAUUCCGGAUCUAAUACGAAUCUAACUACAAUUGAUGUUUCUAUGCACAAGAUUUAUGUAGCCAACGUGCCUAUUCUUAAGGUAUAAUUUUUUCUCCA